AUGCACCUGAUCCUUCAACAGUCCCUCCCGUGCAUGGUCAACACCAGAUGCUUGUAUCGCUCCCUCGUGCCCGAUACCCCGUCCGCAGAAGGGGAUGCACACAAGAUGAAGAAGGGAAACCUUACACCAAAGACGAUUACGGCCCCUUUGGCCGCGUUCACCAUGGCCUGUAUCCUCUUCGCAUAUACCCGCUCCUCGAUCCGCUCAGCGCGUGAUCAGGCCGUACGUCUGCCCAUCUCCCCUGGAUAA